AUCAUAGAAGAUUUCUUUCAUAGGAAUUGUUGCCACAAAAAAGCCAGACAUGGCAAGAAACUGCUCUGGUUGUAAAGAAAAGAGACCUGCACAUAGUUUGUGUACUAACUGCAACAAGUGGCUUUGUAGCUUAUGUACAGAAGAACACAGCCAUAGCAAAGAAACUGGAGAACAUUUUUUGCCAGUCUCCUUGAAGGGAUGUUCAGGAGUUGAAGGGGAAGCCAAUGAAUAUCCCUUGUUUUGUCCAAUUCACAGCCAAGAGAGGCUUAAGCUGUUUUGUGAGACUUGUGACGUCCUUACCUGUCGCUGCUGCCUCCUGACAGAGCACAAGGAUCACAGAUUCAGGCAUCUUCAAGAAGCAUUGCAAAAUCAAAGGGUUAUCCUGGAAAACAUAACCUGCAAAGUAGAAGAGAAAAAAAAUGUAAUGCAAGUCUCGGCUAAACAUAUUGAAGACAGAUUGUUUGAAGCAAAACACUUGCAACGGAAAAUAGAAAAUCAGAUCAAAAUGGCCAAAAUGGUCCUGAUCAGUGAAAUAAAUAAGCGGACAAAUGUUCUCCUUGAACAGUUGGAGCGGAUCACCUGUGAAAGGAAGCAAAAAAUGGAACAACAACUUCAGAGCAUCAUGGUGCUAAACAGGCAGUUUGAACACGUGCAAAACUUCCUUAGCUGGGCAGUAUGCAGUAAAAGCACCGUUCCAUUCCUCUUCAGUAAAGAGCUGAUUGUUUUUCAGAUCCAACGUUUGCUAGAAACCAAUUAUAAUCCAGAUGUGGGUUGUCCUUGGAAGAUCAGAUUCACAUGGGACCCAUCUUUUUGGACUAAACAACUAUCCAAUUUAGGCCACUUGUCAAUGGAAGGGGGGCCAAGCCACCAUUCAGAUGUACCAACCUAUGCAAGUAUACAAGGAAUACAGCCAUCUCUGUAUCACCAUCAUGGCCAUCAUUCUCCAGUGCCACAACAUGACCCACUCAAUAACCAGCCCCACCAAUUUCAGCCUCCUGUCCAUUGCCUGGCACCCAUGUGCUGUACUCAUUGCCUUAAUAUCCCACAUAUGAACAAAGGGCAGCUUUCUCAUCAAACUGUGAGCCAUCCUCAGGCUUUCCGCCAGCCUUCUGAAAUGCAGCAACACCACCCACAGCAUUUCCCUGUGCAGUACAGCUUGCAGCAACAUGAGAGGGAGCAGAGGUGUGCCCCACGAGUGCUGAAAAGCAUACAGCCAUGUGCUGAGCAGAAAUCUCACCAAGAGUCUGAUAGCCUAACUACCAGAUUGGGCAAGAACUCCCAUGAGCAGCCAAUGCACCAUGCCCUUCCAUCUAUUUAUCCCCUUUCAUCACAAGAUGGCCACCAAAGCCAAGGUAGUCACUCCCAGCAACUCCCUGCACAGUCUUCUCUGCACAGUCCAACAGUGCAGGUUCAAGGCGGUCCCCUGCAGAAGUUAAAGCUGAAUAAGUCACAGCCACCACAACAGGAACAUCCAUUGCCACCCCCACCCCCACCCCCACUCUCACCUCAGCAGUCACCUGCCGCAGGCCCAAAUGAGAAGGCUCAUGACCAAGUGAUACAACAGAGCUUGGACAUCAUGCACCACCAAUUUGAACUGGAGGAAAUGAAGAAAGAUUUGGAGCUUCUCCUUCAGGCUCAGCAACCAAGCCUGCAGCUCAAUCAGGCCAAGCAGCCACAGCAUGUGCAGCAAACCAUUGUUGGCCAAAUAAACUACAUUGUCAGGCAGCCAGCCACGGUUCAGCAGCAAAACCAAGAAGAAGUACAGCAAAUUGGCGAAGAGUCUGCUGAAUCAGAAGGUCAAAAGCCACCACUUCCUCUUGACAGAAAUGUGAUUCCAUCUAUGUCUCAGCCAGGAGAUGAAGCCACCGUCAACAUGCAAUCUCCAGAGAGUAUAUUGAGUCCAGUCAGAAAGCGGUCAGCUUCAAUGAACAUAGUGGGUUUUCCAAACAUUUUAGAAGUUGACUUGUCUUCGACAAGGGCACCCAGACAAGCUGAUUCACAGGCAAAAGAAAUCUGCAGUGCAACACCUAACCUGUCCCAGAAUGUACCGCAUGUCUCUGAAAUGCUUCCUGAAUCGAUAUCUACUUACAAUAUGUCCUUGGAUAGAACGAGGACCCUGAGUUCUGAAAAUAUAGAACACUUAGCAAUUGGUGGCAUGCCUUUGGUAAACCCAGUUUGCAAGCUGGAAAAUGAAGAGUUUAGCCAUGUGAGUUAUCCUCUUGGGAGCAAUAUUGUCACUGCGGAAUCAAAAGGCAUGAAUGAAAUGGCUCUUCCUUUACAAAAUAUUCUGGAGGAGCCCAUUAAUCUCUCAGUGAAGAAAACUCAGCCAUGUACCUCCCCUCCCUUACUUAUCAGCAACACAACCUUCAUGCAGUCUGUUAAUCCCAAACCAGGACACACUGAAGAUUGUCCUAACUAUGAAGAAGAACAUUUUGAAAAGGAAAUUAAAAGUAGUCAGAACAACAGAAUUUGUGCCAAAGAGGUGAAAAUCCCAUAUGUGCGAUUGGAACGAUUGAAAAUAUGCACAUCAGAAUCUGGAGAGCUUCCAAUUUUUAAAUUGCAGCCACAAAAAAGUACACAUGAUGGGACAUUUCUGUUGAUUAUUGAAUGUGGUACUCAGUCUUCAAGCAUGGCUAUUAAGGUCAAUCAAGGACAUUCAUCUGAAAGUCUGAAUCCUAAACUUGGAGAAAAGCUGGAGAAAAGCAGGAUCCUCACAAGCCAGCUGAGUGAACAGGUGUUACUUCCUUCAGGAGAUCACAGGCUCAGUAAUAAUGUGAAGAAAUCUGGGCUUCCUCAGGAAGAUCACCCUAUUGAGAAUGAAGACUUUUGUGCUGUUUGCCUGAAUGGAGGAGAACUUUUGUGUUGUGAUUACUGCCCGAAGGUGUUUCAUCUCUCAUGCCAUGUUCCUGCAUUACUUAGUUUUCCUGUAGGAGAAUGGGUGUGCACACUUUGUCGUAACGUGGAAAACCCAGAGGUAGUCUAUGAUUGUGAAAACACACGAUUUGACUACAAUACACUCAUGCAAGCAAGACCAGUUUAUAGCCUUGGUGAAUAUGACCAAAAGAAGUGUGAAAAAUUGGUGCUUUCACUGUUCUGCAAUAGCUUGAGUCUUCCAUUCCAUGAACCUGUCAGUCCUCUGGCUCGCCAUUAUUAUCAGAUUAUCAAAAAGCCCAUGGACUUGUCCAUCAUUCGGAAAAAACUUCAGAAAAAAAUAGACAAACUGCAUUAUACCUCUUCAGAAGAGCUGGUGUCUGACGUGCGCCUUAUGUUUUGGAACUGUGCAACAUUCAACUAUCCUGAUUCAGAAGUUGCUGAGGCUGGAAGGUGCCUGGAAAUAUUCUUUGAAAGUAAACUCAAGGAAAUUUAUCCAGAGAGAAGGUUUCCCUUGGUACAACAAGAUGAUUCUGAUUUAGAAGAUGUGGAACAUGAGAAUAGUCAAGCAACCCCUGAAGGAUUGCAGUGGCCUUCAUAUAGGCAAGAGUGUAUCCAGCCUAAAAGAAGACGGAGACAUGCUGAAAAUGAAAAACCUAAAAGACCCAUGUUUUGGCCUGCAAAAGGUUUCUCUCAAGUAUGACUUCUGGAACAUUGCUUGGUAUACUAUGAACAACAGCAACAACAAAGGAACUGACUUUGUAAGAGGAGGUGGAAAAUGUAUAUUUAAAGGCUUAAUAUGAAUUUCAGAGUGAUUGAUUGAUUUUAUAUCUGU